AGUAUAGAGUCGCGUGUAGUCGCGUCGCCCGCGUACAGAGCGUAACGCUCAUGGACACUUAUUUACGAAACAUAUUCAUGACUGAACACGGUGUGCCGGUGUUUUGAUUGAAUACUGCAGUGUAUGUACGCGGAUUCAUGACAUUAUUGUGUUGGUAAAACUAGGCUUAAUUUUCGAUAAAUGUUUUAUUCGUAGUGUAUACUGAAAAGUUUUAUAGAGCAGUGCUUUCAGUGUUGGCCGUAUGUGUUGUCUCUUUCCUUUGUGUGGGAUGAAAGGGAAAGGAAGCUCGCAAAGCACAGGGUGCGUUGUUUUGUUUCCGUGGUUUUCUUUGCUUCAAUUUUGUAGAGCGAAUUGAGAAAAUACUAUCGCUUCGAUAUCUUGUGCACACAAGAAUAUUAUAAGUGCCUACAAACAAGGGCGCCGCCCACGUAGCUCGAUAACGCAGCAUCCCGUCCACAGAGAAAUUAAUCUGGAACACGGUAACAGGAAACGAGCCGAUAAAGUGCUGUACAGCAAUACGGAUAAAACAGUUGCUCUCUAACACCAACGAAAAAAAAAUGCUAAGAUAAUAAUUAUAUUUUAAGUAACGAAAUGGACACGAAAAAACGCACGCAAAAAUUCGAACGCAACAUAUUUACGCAUUGAUAAACUCAACUUGCAUAAGAUAUCGAUAUAAAAAUGACGAAAUAUCAUUCCAACGAAAUCGAAGGAUCGACUGAUUUAGAUAGAUGUAGGAUACCAAAUAUGGUUCAAUACGAAGGCAACGAGGAGCUCGAGAAGCGAUGUUCCUUAGUGUGUAGAUGGUAUAAAGAGAAAGGCGUAUACGGUAAAAGAUCGAUUAUCACGAGGGUACGAAUGGACGUAUAUAGUGAAUCAAAGCAAGCCGCCGAUUUGAAAUUUAAAUGUGCGCGGGGUCGCGAGUGUGUAAAGUUUAGGACAAUGGCUGUGCACGUGCGAGGCUUGGCCGUGAUUGGACUCGUGUUAAUGUUAGUUGCGACAAUCCAGGCAGCGCCGACGAGGAGUCGGCCAGGACGGAGCACACAUAUCGAAAAAAACACGAGGAGCUACCUAGAACAAUUUGGCUAUUUGAAGAAAGGGCAACCAGAAGUCGGUAACCUCUUGAUGGGAGAUGUCUCGCAUUCUUACGAAGAUGAAUUUAGGAUUGCAAUUAAAACACUUCAAGAAUUUGGCGGUAUUCCUGUGACAGGAGAAAUCGAUCAUGAAACAAAAGAGUUAAUGAAGAAGAAACGAUGCGGGAGGCCUGACCGUGAACCCGAAAACUACGAAAAUGGUGGGAGAAAGAAAAGGUUUGCUGUUCAAGGGGAAAAGUGGAAACACACAAAUUUAACAUGGAGUUUGUCCCAAAGCCGACGACCCUCCCAGCUGGACCCGCACGGCACCCGGAGCGUGCUGGCGCGAGCCCUCGACGUGUGGGAGCAGGCGUCGAGACUCACCUUCACGGAGGUCAACUCAGACGAUGCGGACAUUGUGGUAUCGUUCGCCAAACGUUUCCAUGACGAUGCAUAUCCAUUCGAUGGUCGCGGCUCAAUUCUUGCGCACGCGUUUUUUCCUGGAACAGGGCGUGGAGGAGACGCACAUUUCGAUGACGAGGAACUGUGGUUACUGCAACCCAAAAAUGAUGAUGAAGAAGGUACGUCGUUGUUCGCUGUGGCCGCCCAUGAAUUCGGUCAUUCUCUUGGCCUUAGUCACAGCUCUGUCAAAGGUGCUUUAAUGUUUCCAUGGUAUCAGGGUAUUCAGCCCAAUUUCGUUUUGCCAGAAGAUGACCGCAACGGUAUACAGCAAAUGUAUGGUAAGUUCCAAACACCAACGACAACCUCAACAACAACAACAACAACAACAACGACGACGACAAGGCGCCCAUACAUUUAUCAUCACCAUCCUGAAAGACAUCCAAACCAUCGGCCUUAUACGCCCCAGUAUCCCCGGCCUCCAAGUAGAUAUCCUUACUAUCCCGAGCGUCCCAACUAUCCAGAUAGGUCACAUCCCACUUACCCAGACAGGCCGCACUACCCCGAUCGGAGACACAACAAUACUGAAGAACAUCCUAGAAGGACAAAUCACAACCAUUACCCACGUACAGAAACCACAACGCACGCUACAACCUACAGACCUCGUUAUCCCCAUGUAAGGCCUGAAUACCCAUCACAUCCUCGUCCAAACUAUCCCACUGAUCCUGCUCAAGAUCACCCUAAAAAGAAACCAUAUUAUCCUGUGAAAACUACCACUGUCAAGCCUCCUCCAUCUGAUAAACCUGACACAUGUGAUACCAGCUACGAUGCCGUUAGUUUGAUUCGAGGGGAACUAUUUAUAUUUAAAAACAGAUAUCACUGGCGAAUCGGUGCAAAUGGAAGAUAUCCAGGAUAUCCGAUAGAAAUUUCGCGAAUGUGGUCCGUCCUUCCAAGCAACUUAACUCACGUUGAUGCGGUUUACGAAAGACCAGACCGAAAGAUUGCUAUAUUUGUUGGUAAAGAAUUGUACCUAUUCGACUCACAAUAUCUAAUGCCAGGAUAUCCCAAAAAGCUAGUUCAGCUGGGAUUACCAGAAAGUUUGGAGAAGUUAGACGCUGCUAUGGUUUGGGGACAUAAUGGAAAAACAUAUUUUUACAGUGGUUCUAUGUAUUGGAAGUUUGAUGAAGACAUUGGACGUGUCGAAUUAGACUACCCCAGAGACAUGGCAAUGUGGAAAGGCGUCGGAUAUAACAUCGACAGUGUAUUUCAAUGGAAAGAUGGUAAAACUUACUUCUUCAAAGGAAAAGGCUUUUGGAAAUUCAACGAUCUUCAGAUGCGAGUGGAGCAUGACAGGCAGUAUCCCUCAGCUGAGUUCUGGAUGGCGUGUCCCACGGAAAGAGCGGGUCGACGAGCUCCCUUCCGCGCACUUCCUUCGCCCGGCUCCACUCUUCGAUCGCCAAGCUCAGCGCCACUUCAUACUGUCAACAUCUACACUUGUGUCUUUGCUUUAGUACUAAUACUUAGCAAUUAUUUAAAAUACUUAUAAAAUAUGAAUACAUUAUGUAAUUUGUGUGCCACGUAAAAUGAAAUACAUAAUAAUAUGGCUGAUAUAACAAGUACAUAUCGUUACUUUGUCUGAGUUUAGGUCUAGGAUUAAUAACAAAUGCGCAAACACUACACUGCCUUUUAUUAGUAUUAAAUUAAAUGCCCACAUAUAUUAAUUAUAUCUUUUAGAAUAAUUUUAGGUAAGAGUAUUUUGUUUUAUAUGUACAUUUUGAUCUCAAUAUGAUCGAGUGCUUGUUUUUUUAUGAACUGUGAGGUACAUAACACCAUUUAUUUAGCUGAUGUAAUGUAUAUCGAUGUCAGUAUUUAGAAUCAUAUGAAAUUAUGUUUAAGAAUAUAAUAUGUAAUACAAACAUACUUGUAAAAUAAUCAUUUAUUCUUAUAAAAACAAUACCUUUGUAUAUAUACAUAAUGAAAUAAUUGCAAUAUGCACCCAUUAAACCAAAUGUUGAGUAAUAGCCUGUAUCCAAGAAAAUGCCUUAAAUAGUUUAUUAUAUAAUAUACAUAUAUUUAAUAUCUACAUAUAUAUUUUUAUAUCUAACAAAUAAAUGUGAUUGUCAUGUCUUAAAGAAAUAAUACAAUAUAAUUAUUAAUAACCUAUGAUAAAAAUGUAAAUUAUCACUCAUGCUGGUUAGAGGUACACUUACUCAGUAAUUUGUAUAUUAAAAAAAAUUAUACUAUCUAGACAUUAUUUAGCUAUACGUAUAGAAUACAGUUAAAAGCUAACUUUCCACGUUAGUGUAUAAAUAAUAAAGUAAUUGCUUAUUGCGUGCAAUGUUUAAUGUGAAGACAUAUUAUAGUAGUAAGAUACCUUUAAAAAUCAUUUAGUCCUCGGCUCGUUAUUAUUUCUAGUUAAAUAUUUCAUUAAGUGCCACAUUGUAACGCGUAUAUAAUAAUAUAGUGAUCCAAAAAUACCUACUUAUAUACUAUACAUAGCUAGGCGGUCGACAAAAUAUUGAUUUAAAAUACAUUUUACUGUUGUUGAAUAAAUGUGGAGCUCUUCAAAUGAAUAUGGUGCUUUAUAUAGAUAGUCCCUGUACAGAAUAAAUUCAUAUUAGGUAUUUUUGUAUGACGUAAUUGUCUAUUAUCCUUAUCAUAAAUACAUUAGAAUGUUGCGAGGUGCAAUUUACUAAUCUACCAAUAUAGGUAGUAUUCAUAUAAUCAAUAAUACUCGUAGUUGAACUUUAAUUAAAAAUGAGUCCGUUCUAAUUAUGUCUCAAAAUUUUUAUAUAUGAUACCAUGAUACCUAAUAAAGCCAUAUUUUUCUUGUAAUAUUAGCUAAACAACUGAAUUCGUUUUGUGCAAUCAUUGUGCAAUCACCAGUCUUAUAUUAAUAAUGCUAUCAUAAUAUAUAUUUAUUUUUAUAAAGGUAAGGUUCGUUUAGUAGAAUUUCCGCAUUUUUAGAACAAUUUUUUUACCUCUGAAGUCGCUCAUGCAAUGCUAUAAUAGGUUUUUUACAAUAUCAUUGGUCACAAUUAAUAAUUUAAUAAAAACUGUGAUAUUUACUUUUAUUAAAAUGCCAUAAUUAAUUGGCAAUAAAAUAAAUUCAAAAUUUUUUUUUAUUCUUAAAUAGAUAAUUGAAUAUUACUCAAUGUGUAACUGUUAAUUUUAAGUACUAAAUAAAUAACUAUACAUUUAA